AUGGAUUCCAAUAGUCAGGAUCGCUUAUUUUAUGAUCCAAAUACAUUAUCGAAUUUCAAUCGUUAUCGUAUUGUUCAUACAUCAUUUAAUUUAAUUGUCGAUUUUAAUAAACAAAUUGUCGAUGGUUAUGUCGAUUUAAAUAUUCGAAAAGUAUCUCAAGACAAAUAUAGUGUAUCGUCAAGUAUUAGAAAUAUCAAGGACAUACCACAUUUAGGACAAAACUCUAAUGAACUUAUACUUGAUACACGUCAUCUUCAAAUAAAACGAGUUGAACAAAUAAUUGAUGUAAAAACGAAUAUUGAGUUGCAGUAUUCACUGGGUACAGAACACAAAGCCCUUGGUCAACCACUUCAUAUUCAGUUAGCACAAGAACAGCGGGAUAAAGAAGAAAUCAAAACGCGAAUCUAUUAUUCAACAACCGACAGAUGUCUCGCAUUACAAUGGAUGAAAGCAAAACAAACAUCAUUUAAGCAAUAUCCUUAUAUGUACAGUCAAUGUCAGGCAAUACAUGCUAGAAGUUUUUAUCCAUGUCAGGAUACACCAGGUAUUAAAUCGACAUACGAUGCCAGUAUUCAAGUUGAAAAACCACUAGUCGUAUUGAUGAGUGCUCCAAUCGAUCGAAUAGAUGAAAAAGAAAACAUUUAUUAUUUUAAACAAGAAAUACCCAUAUCAUCGUAUCUUGUGGCCAUUGUGUCUGGCUUUUUGAAAUCAAAAGAUCUGGGAAAACGAUGUCGGGUAUGGACUGAGCCAGAUCAACUAGAGAAAUGUGAAUAUGAAUUUAAAUCAACGGAAUUGUUAUUAAGUAAAGCUGAAGAACUAUUAGGAGAUUAUGUAUGGAAACGAUAUGAUUUUCUGGUAUUACCGCCCUCGUUUCCUUAUGGUGGAAUGGAAAAUCCAACAAUGAAUUUUAUUUCACCUACCUUGCUUGCCGGAGAUCGCUCAUUGAUAAGUACGAUUGUUCAUGAAAUAACACAUUCUUGGACAGGCAAUUUGGUAACAAAUGAAAAUUGGGAACAUUUUUGGUUGAAUGAAGGAUUAACAAGUUUUAUUGAAGCUAAGCUAUUAGGUCUAUUAAAUUUAAAGGCUGAUGGUGAACGUAAUUUAAAAAUCAAUGGCAAUGAUAUUCGUCGUUUUCAUAGUGCUCAACAAAUGAACGAUUUAAAAGAAACAAUUGAAAUUGUCUGGGGUGUUGAACAUAAAUAUACAGCAUUAGUAUAUAAAUUAGAAGAUGUUGAUCCCGAUGAUGCGUAUAGUACUGUUCAAUAUUACAAAGGUGCCGCAUUUUUGUGGUAUUUAGAGGAACAAAUUGUUGGGUCGGAUGAAAAAUUCAACGAAUUUUUGCGUUCAUAUAUCAAAACAUUUCAAUAUAAAAUAUUAAAUUCAAAUGAUUUUAAAGAAUAUUUUGUUAACUAUUUUCACGAUCUACCCACCAUUAAUCAAAUUGAUUGGGAUAAAUGGUUGUACGGCGUCGGUAUGCCACCCUUUCAAACUAAUUUUCAUACAACAAUUGAGGAACAGUGUCUUAAAUUAGCUGAAAAAACAAAACGUGGUGAAUUUGAUCGUGAAACUGUAGAUCAAAUGAGUGCAAAACAAAUUCAAUAUUUUUUAAAUUUAUUACUAUUAACGAAGACAAAUACCACUUUUGAUAUCGAUUCGAUGAAUAAAAUCUACGAUAUGAAACGUUAUACGAAUUGUGAAAUUAAAUAUCGAUGGUAUCAAUUAUGUAUUCGAGCUAAAUAUGAACCAGUAUUAGAAGAUAUAUUCCAUUUUCUUCAAGAAAAUGGUCGUAUGAAGUAUGUCAAACCUCUUUACAUGGAAUUUAAACAGUCUUGGCCAGAUAUGCUACCAAAAGUAAUCGAUUUCUUUCAAAAGAACAAGGAGUAUAUGCAUGUCAUUACAGUUAACCAGAUCGAAUUACGUUUAGGUUCAAAAUAA